GAAUGUGAUCAACUUUCACCCGGUGCAAAAACGCCUACUCGGGACAGAUUAUACGAAUCCCAUCAAUGCAAUCAACCGGACAGCGGUGCUUGAAGAAGUGGUGGGCGAGUAAAAUCGAUAAACUCUCGGUUUAGUUUCUAAAGAUUGGUGUCAACGUAAAGUCAGUCCAAGUUUUUGGUGUUUAUUUGCAAGUUACGGCGGGACUCAAACAACAUACGGAGGGGAAUUGAAAAUGGAGGUAGAAAAGGAAAUAAAGAAGAUGACCCUGGGCCACGAGAUUGGUGCCGGAGCCACGUGCCUGAAAUGCAAGGACAAAUGCGAGGGGUUCGAGCUGCACUUCUGGAGAAAAAUCUGCCGGAACUGUAAGUGUGGCCUGAUGGACCACGAUGUUCAGAUGAACUCUGAGGAUAACAGGAAGGUUGGCAAGCUGUUUGAGGACACCAAGUACACGGGUCUCGUCGCCAAGCUCAAGACAGACGGCGACCCCACAUACAAGGGCAACCAGGUCACCUUCUCCAUCUCCUCCAGCCCCAUGUCAGCCACCGCUGUACCAUACAGUCCCCACACUGUGCCAGCCAAUGCUGGGGCCGGUGCUGGAUCUUGGGGCGAAGUUGGGGCGGGGGCCGUAGCUGGGUCUGGUGCUGGAGCAGGCGCCGGUUAUGGGGCCAGUGCUGGGGCUGGUGCUGGGCCCGCUACCAUGUCUAAACCAGGGGCAAUCAGACCUAAUGCUGUGUCAGUCAAUGUCGUGCCAGUCAGGAAGGAUGCCGUGAUGUCUGUCACCUACGAGUGGGCACCGCCAGGGGUCAAACAGUAUAUGGCAGUCCGCUACAUUGAGCUCCUGCCCCCAGAGAGGCGUCCCAUAGCGGGCACGGAGGGUGCAGCCUACCGCCGGCAACAGAUGGCAGUGCAGCUACCGGAGCACGACCAGGACCCGGCCAAGUGCCACGAGCUGACCCCCGCAGAGGUCAAACAGAUGCAGCAGUUCGUCCGCAAGUACAAGGACGAGGCCCUGGGAGUGGGAGACAUCAAGCUGCCCGAGGAGAUGAUGGGACAGGGUCUGGGUCAGGAGAGAGGACCAGGACAGGGAGCACCAGGCAUGGGAGCACCAGGCAUGGGAGGACCAGGGAUGGGAGCACCAGGGAUGGGAGCACCAGGCAUGGGAGCACCAGGCAUGGGAGCACCAGGCAUGGGAGCACCAGGCAUGGGAGCACCAGGCAUGGGAGCACCAGGCAUGGGAGCACCAGGCAUGGGAGCACCAGGCAUGGGAGCACCAGGCAUGGGAGCACCAGGCAUGGGAGCACCAGGCAUGGGAGCACCAGGCAUGGGAGCACCAGGGAUGGGAGCACCAGGCAUGGGAGCACCAGGGAUGGGAGGACCAGGGAUGGGAGGACCAGGGAUGGGAGGACCAGGACAGGGAGGACCAGGACAGGGAGGACCAGGACAGGGAGGACCAGGAAUGGCAGAACACCCAGGGAUGGCAACAGCUGGGGGAGCCUUUGGGCCUGCAGGUCCUGGUCUUCGGACUAGACCCGGGGCUGGGGGUGCACUUGGGCCAGCCGGACCAGUUCAGCCUGGGAUGUGGGCUGGGGGUUACCCUGGGGCAGGAAAGGGUGCACCAGAAGACAUGGGUACUGCUGCCACCACUACCGCUGGGUCAAUGGGCACUCCGGGAGCCCCUGGACCUCACCUGACUGGGCCCUGUGGACAAUACUCGUGCCACCAGUGCCAACUGCCCAUGCGUCAGGGCGAGCCUGCGGUGUAUGCAGAGCGUGCUGGCUACGACAAGCUGUGGCACCCAGCCUGCUUUGUAUGCUGUACCUGCUCAGAGCUCCUGGUGGACAUGAUCUACUUCUGGAAGAAGGGACAGCUCUACUGCGGACGCCACUACGGAGACAGCGAGAAGCCCCGCUGUGGAGGCUGUGACGAGCUGAUCUUCAGUAAUGAGUACACACAGGCCGAGGACCAGAACUGGCACCUGAAACACUUCUGCUGCUUCGACUGUGACUGUGUUCUGGCUGGAGAGACCUAUGUUAUGGAGAACAACAAGCCUGUCUGCAAGCCCUGCUACAUGAAGAGCCACGCAGUAGUAUGUACAGCCUGUCAGAACCCAGUGGAGCCCGAGGCCCAGCGUGUCUCCUACGGGGAGUUCUGCUGGCACGCUGAGCCCCAGUGCUUCCAGUGCUCCUGCUGUGCUAAGUGUCUCAUUGGAGAGCGCUUUAUGGCCAUACAGGGCAUGCUUUUCUGCUCUGUCGAGUGCAAGAAGAAGACCAUGACCUAAGAAGACUAUGGCCCAGAGCAGCGCACCGCAGCUCAACCUGAUGACAAAAUUAUUCAAGUCUGUUCUAGAAUGCGAACAAUGGUCAUUUCCCUUGAGCCUCAAACAACGUGGCUCAGUCUGCAACUGAUUCUUGCCCAGAUCACAAUCAACUCUGCUCCUGAUGACAACCAACCCCAGUCCUGAACUCAGCUAAUUUGAGUUUUCACUCUGCUUAUUUCCGCUCAAGACUGCAACCAAUCAUCUGAAUAACAGUUGGGAAUAACCUCAAUAUUGUCUGUUUCUCACGUGACAUGCACUGUUUUCUUCUACUGUGUCUCAAUGAAACUACUCUAGUUUUAUUGAGAUACAUUUAGUUGAAGUCUUGUUUCAGCACACUUGUAAUUUCACAGUCACUUAUUCAUCCGAGUGUAAAUCGGCUUUGGGUUCACUACUCUGUCUACUACCAAAAUAACUACCUUGGGUUGUUCUCAUAUCAUUCGGCCUGUUGCUUUCUCUCUAGAAUGUACGACUGAUUACAGAUAUCCAACUCUAAGCAGCAGUACAAUAGCAAUAACCUUACGAGAAAUGAUGCUUUGUGUGCAGUGUUGCUUUUCCGCUAGAAGCAGCUCUUUGUUGUUACAGGCGGAUAAGUAUCGGACUAUGCCAAGUGGCUGACUGAGUCUCUCCAACACGGUCCUGGAGAACCCAGGGGAACGCAGGUUUUCACAAGUGACACUACUAUGGAAAACAUCACUGAAAUGGGAAGGCAGGUGAUGUCACAUCUAUGUGAUCUACAGCACAUCUUCAAAUUACGACGACUCUUGAGGACCAACGAAAUGAUAAGAAGAAAUGAGAAAGUGCUGUUCUUUCUACUGUGGUGUCUAAUUACCUGCGUCCUCCUUUCCUUCCUGCUGUCUUUUUUAUAUUAUAAUAUUGUCUUCACAAUAAUUUGCCAUUUGCUUUCUGUUGUUUCUUGCUCAAUGAAAAGCACUUGAUGAUAUUUUCUCCUCACGCUCUUACAACCUAAUAAAGAUUUUUUGCCAUGAUUAA